AUGGUCACUUCUAUCCUCCCUUUUCGCGAUAUCAACCUUCACGCAUCUCCCGCUCAUUAUGCCUUUACUUCGCCGUCUUCGCCUGAUGCUCCAACGCUAGUGGUCGAACGUCCAACGGGCGACUUGCGCUUGAGCAAUGGCUCAUUGUCAGGUGCAAAGCGUAUCUCUAGUAUCGCCGGGAUUCUCGGUAUCAUCAAGUUGAAGCUUGACAAGUACAUCAUUGUCAUCACCAAGGCCCAACCCAUGGGCCGGCUGCGCGGCCAAAUGAUAUACAAGGUUGCCGGUACUGAGUUUCUUCCACUCCGCGAGCGCCCGCUGCACGAUCAUGACGAAGAUGCCUACUUGACUAUGUUGAAGGAACUGCUACGAACAGGGCCUAUGUAUUUCUCCUACACCUUGGACAUCACGAACAGCUUCCAGCGCCAGUCACAAAGCGAUAUGAGCCUGCCAAUGUGGAAACGAGCCGACGAUCGCUUCUUCUGGAACCGGUUCAUUCAGUCAGAUCUGAUUGACUUCAGUUUGGGUGAACAUAAUACGACGUCCGUUCGUUAUGGUCCGCAACCCGGCGUUGAUCCUUAUAUCCUACCAGUCAUAUUUGGGAUGCUGCGUAUCACACCGGCUAAGGUUAAAUCUACCACUUUUACGUUUGCUCUCAUUACUCGGAGGUCGAGGCAUAGGGCUGGCACAAGAUAUUUCUCCCGCGGAAUUGACGAGCAAGGAAAUGUCUCGAAUUAUAACGAAACAGAACAAAUCGUUAUCCUCAACGAUGCCACCGGCGGUCUUUCUGGGUUUGCUGGAGGCCAAACCAUAACCAAAGAAAAGCCUGCAGAUUUGGGACAAGAUCCACAAGUAAUGUCAUUUGUGCAGACCCGAGGCAGUGUUCCCGUAUUUUGGGCAGAGGUCAACAACCUAAAAUACACCCCCAAACUCCAAGUGCGCGGAGUGGAAACCGCCGUCCAAGCCGCACGCAAGCACUUCGCCGAGCAGAUUAGAUUGUAUGGUGAUAAUUACCUUGUUAACCUCGUGAAUCAGAAGGGAAGAGAGGAACGUGUCAAGAAUGCCUACGAGCAGCUGAUUCGUAUCCUGGUGUCUUCACCAAACGAAUUGACCGAGGCGGAUGAUGAAUCCUCGGAGAAGCUACAUGUCCUGGAGCCGGACCAUCCACAAAAGGAGAUGGAUCGUCUCCAUUACGUCUACUUUGACUUCCAUAAUGAGACGAAGGGUCUCAGGUGGCAUCGUGCGGAGCUGCUAAUGGAUCGCCUUAUCAACGGCCUAAACCAGGGCGGUUAUUUCCGCGGCCUAGAAAACCCGGGUGCUGCUGGUGGGCAGCUCGAAGCAAGAGCCCUCCAAAGCAGCGUCGUGCGGACGAACUGCAUGGACUGUUUGGAUCGCACGAACGUCGUCCAGAGUAUGCUCGGUCGCUGGGCUCUAACGAGACAGCUCACGGAAGCGGGAGUCCUUCGUCCCGGAGAAGCGGCAAACGAUGAUCAAGAGUUCGAGGACUUAUUCCGUAACAUUUGGGCGGAUAAUGCCGAUGUAGUCUCCAAGGCAUAUUCAGGCACAGGCGCCUUGAAGACUGACUUCACUCGUACUGGCCAACGGACGAGAGCCGGCAUGGUUCAGGAUCUGAGCAACUCAAUCACUCGUUAUGUGCGGAACAACUUCCUAGAUGGCCCACGUCAGGAUGGGUUUGAUGUUUUCUUGGGGGCUUAUCUUCCCCCGGAAUCAACUCUGGGAAAUCUCCGGAUCUUUGUCGAUCGUCGGCCGCUCAUCAUCCAAUCUAUUCCAUACAUUUUCGCCGCGGGCCUCUUUAUGAUCAUUAUUGCCCUAUUCACACGACGACUCCCCGAUGCAGCCGUCUGGCCCUUGCGCUUAUUCGUCGUUUUCUGGCUGCUAAUUUCUGGCUGGUGUGCUCGUUUCAUGCUUGCACACGGGAUGCUCUAUGUAAACUGGCCGAAGCUCAACACGCCCGCCGCGGGCUCAGAAGGCUAUCAAGAUGCGCUUAUCAAGGCUCGCUCUGAUCCAGUCAUCGGGCAACUCCUUCCAUCCAGAAGACACCAGAGAGGAUAUAGCAAUGCUCGCCUUGGUUUCCUGGAAGAAGGAAAGACCAGGAUCGAGUAGUCGUAUUUCCUGCACUCAUACCUGCAUUCUUCCCUUUGCCCCUUCUUUCUUUCAUCUAGUCCCGUGCUUUGGACUCGUCAUGCUGGGCAUAUUUUGCAUCCAUUCCCUUUCUCUUGGCUUCUAUUAUUAUUCUUCGGUGUUUUCCCCCCUCUUUAUUAAUUCGUCUUUUAGUUUACCGGUUUCCGGAGUUAUAUUAUACGCGUAGAAGUGUACAACACCAUUC